AUUGUUGAAGUGAAACAUAUCGCAGGAUAUAAGGAAUUUCCUAUACAUCUAUGGCCAUGGAAGUGCCGCAGCCGAAGUUGCCGGAGAAAGAGAAGAAGGAGGAGGAGGAUCGAACUCAUAACUUCGAUAAGGACAAGUACACAAAAGUGGUGGAACUCAUUGAUGAAACCCCACCGUUUAAUGAUGAUCUUUCGACGAGGGCGUUUUAUGAUGAUCUUGCGAAGAGGGUGUGUCAGGAAGCGCGUUCCAACAAGGCGCCGUUGAACCUGAUGAACGACUCGGUGCUCCACGAGGUGAUCGCCAGGGAGAAGAAUCAGGAGAACCCCCUGGCCAUCGCCAUCAUCUACCUUCCGGAAGCCUUGGACCACCAGAACAAAGACGGAGACACCCCUCUGCACAUCGCGGCCGAGAUGGGCCGCGGAGAGGUGGCGAAGGCCUUGUUAGAGAAGAACAAAGGGCUCGCGGGCAUGAUAAACAGGAAAGGGGAGACCCCGCUGCACAAGGCGGUGCUGCACGGCCACCUAGACGUGUUCAACAUCAUGAUCCAGGCGGUAGGCAAGGAAAUGGCCAAGGUUCGCACCAAUGACGGCUCCAACAUCUUGCACUACGCCAUCAUGCGCAAGAAGACAAAGGACGCUUGGGUCAUCGCAAAGCAAUUUCCAGAGUCGAUACCGACACGAAAUGCUUAUGGGGCCACCCCGUUGCACUUAAUGGUGGACUUAUUCGAAAAAACGCCUGAAACUGGAAUUUUGAAUUCUCUUCUUUGUAAAGAUCGAUCUUCGAAAAAGAAGAAGCAAAGGAAACCAGAUGAAGAAACUGGCAUCGUAGGCUGUUGGACGGCGUCACAACAAAGAACUUCUACUGUUUUUGGAAGAGAGAAAGUGUUGCAUCAUCCAAGUCCAAAACAAUCUACGGGAGAUGUGGAAGACUACGAAAUGAAAAUAAUGCUCCUCAAACUCUUAGUCCCGAGCGACGUCGACGACUCAUCAUUCUACUUCGGGGGAACCAAAGCUCAAAGAAGCAUCUCGAGCAAUACUGCUGAGCAUGGUGAAUUGAUGGCUAAGUUUACGCGGGAGCUGGAAGAGCAGGAGCUGAAAGAGCAGGAGCAAAAGCAGGCGGAGAGCUCCCAGUCGCACGGGUCGGUGGACGCGGACGGUAAUAAAAGAUGGGAGCUGUCUCCGUUGAUCACAGGCAUCAGGCUCGGCAUCGACGAAUUCGUGAUCGAAAUCCUCAAACUGUCCCCAUGGUCAGCCACCUUCGUCGAUUACGAUGGCAGCAACGUGAUCCAGGCAGCCGUCAAGCAUCGCCGGAAGCUAGUCGUGGAGACCAUCAAAGCUAACAAGCUGCUGCCGCCGUGGUUGUUCACCGCUCUGGAGCCCCUCACCGACAACACCGUUCUCCAUAUCGCAGCUUCCUACAAUUCCCAGAACCGCAAGAAGGAAUUAGCAGGCCCCCUGUGCCUGCAAGAUGAACUCGAAUGGUUCCAGACGAUGAACCGUAUCGUUCCUGAAGGGCUGUCGAACUACCGAAACAAAAAGGGGAAGACCGCCCAGGAGGUGUUCGACGACGAGCACGAGGAUAUGCUGGAGGAAUGCAGGAAACAACUGAAAGAUAUUGGCCGGACGUGCUCCCCGCUGUUGGCAGCGGUGGUGUUGUCCUCCAGCUUCUACAUCCCCAGCGAGCACAACCGGGACAGCAACCAACUGGCCUUUAAGAUCUUCUCCCACGUGUACGUGGUGGGCUUCUCCUGCGCCGCGACCUCGCUGGUCAUGUUCCUUAUGCUGGCCAUUACGACGUUCAUGAAUCAGGACUUCCGGCGGAAGUUGCCGCGGCACUACCUGGUGGCGUGCUUCUUGCUGAUCAUUUCCGUGGCCGCCUUCAUCGUUGCCUUCGCUUGCAACAUAUACCUGCAAAUCUAUGGGGGAACAGGAAGUCCCCCACCGACUUGGCGACGCUGCUGCUCGAGCUCCUACUGGUUCCCUUCCUCUUCGCCUUGCCCUUCUCCGUCACGGGAAUCUCCAGGUCAUUGGAUACCCUUAAACGUUUCUACAAGUAAUUCUAUGUUUUUUCUUAUUAAAUAUCAGCUUGAUAUAUAAUUCAUGAUUUGUGUGUCUAAAACUUGGAUUUCGUGGCAAUUCAUUAUAAGAAUUGCUUUAUUUUUCCUCGUGUGGAUUUGAUUUGCAAUGGUGAAUUGUAAUCAUUUGAAGUUAUUUUCUCCGUCGGAUAAAAUUAUUGAG